AUGGGUGCCUCUGUACUCCAUCCGACCCAGCGACGCGUCUCUUGUGACCUCUGCAGAAAGAGCAAGUCUCGAUGUCAACGAAUCAGACCGACGGAUGAGAAAUGCGCGAAAUGUGCUAUGUUGGGUGCUGAGUGCACUGUAGGACAACAGAGAGUACCAGGGCGACCGCGACGGAAGCAGCCUGCUAAACGUUCGGCCACGACCAGCCAAUCUGUCAAUAAAUCGACCGUGUCGGUAUUUCCAGCUUCGGUUCAGCCAAACAAUCCCUUCAUAGAUGAUUGGAGUCUAUUUGAUACAGCUCAGAUUUUGUUUCCCACGCUUCACACUCCUGAGAAGCCUACUACAACAAUAAAAGAUGUAAAAGCGUCAUCAUGUUGUGUGGGGUUCAUCGACAUCUUCCAUCAGUCGGAUAGCUCGUGGACAACCGAUCUAGAGUACACAAGUACUCCAUUCUAUAACGAUCUGGAUAUCGUCACGGAGAUAUACAGAACCGACAUUACUCCAACUCCGACUUUCCCAUUUGCAAUUAGCAAUGACGCCUCGCUUUUAACUACACACUACCGACGCGACACCGAACCUAGGGAUUGCAUGGCCGAACUAUCCACAAUCAACCUGGGACUACACAGCCGUCUAGAAGCGAUAAGGAACAACAGAACAAUAAUCAAUUUUGACACGAUGAUCUCUCAACACGGUCCAUUGUUCACCGACGAUAUUACCCUAGUGGAUUAUAGCAUCAAGGUUGCUCAAGAGUUUUUGCUCGUCUUGAUAAAGCUCUACAAUGAACAACACUGCCCUGGAAUGCUACACACUUCACAAUCAAUGGAAUUGCUUUGUCCAUGUCGUCUAGCGUCACAGUUCCUAAAAGACCCAAAGAAUCUAUUUGAUGUUUCAUUACUACAACCGACCGUUACUGCAGAACCACUGGCUACGUCAAUUGCAUUGACCAUCACAAGUAUCUUUGUCCAACUCAUCACUAUCUUCGAACUCGUCCUCAACCACAUCGCCAUACGAGUCGAACGCCUAACUAUCAAUCCCACAGAAUCUGUCCCGGUUCUUAUAGUCUGUGGGAGAUUACAACAGAUGCCUUGUGUUCAGGGUGUGGUCUUUUGUGAAGGUUCAGUCAACUUGAUUGGGAAUAUUGAGCGUGUCUUGGGUGUUGGGAGGAUGCUGGACGGUAAAGAGGUUGGUUUGUUAUCACCAAGGCAGAUUGACGUUCUUCGAGGAGAAAUGGAUGAAAGAUGUAGUGUUGGUGCUGGUCACACUGUGAUGGCGCCUGCUACGUUGCGGAAGCUUUUUGGAAAGGUCGCGGGUAUACUGAGGCGUAUCAGACGGUAG